UUUUUCCCAUUUUAUUCAGUUGCUGUGAUUUCACAUCUGUCAAUGCCAGGAACACUGAUACGGUAGGCGUCGGGAACCAAAAAGCCUGGGUGUCAGUGGCAAAAACUAUAAAGUCUUAAACAGUUUCUUUAUUGCACCCAUUUGUCCACAGAUCUUGUGUCUAGAUUUGAUUUGGUAUUUCCUCCAUUUUAUUCCCUGGGAUUCAUCCAAGAAGCCCCCUUUCCUUCAUGGUUGAAAAGCCCACAGAUGCAUCAUCCUGUGUUGAAUACUUCUCAAGUGACCCCAAAGCUGUCAUCACCCGAGGCUUUUCUGCCAACCAUGGGGAUUGCUGAGAAGACACCCUUGGGAGUAUUUACACAGACAACCAAAGGACAUCUCAAAAUAUCAGCUGCUUUCACCUCUCACAAACAAGCUUCCCAAUCCAUAAUAUCACGUCCAGAUCAACCCUGGUCCGCCAUCUUGCUGAAAUAAAUAGGCGUCUCCCCUGCUCAUGGAUGUGGGCAGAUCUGUGUCUCUUUAGAGUUCCAAGCCCAUGGAGGUACAUGAAUAGGCAACUGUUUAGAACAGCACCUGCUUCCCGAUCAGGGAGAUACCCAUAAGAACAGGGGGAUGUAUUUUGCUUCACAACGCCCUCCCCGACCCAAGUAAAACGCCUCCUUAAAAUGGCACGUGCAUUAGAACACAAAAGGGAGAAAACAUGCAGAGGUAAGCAGAGCUAAAAUCCCUUCUGUAGGACGGAAGCCUGUUUAAACAGGCUUGGGGACUCCACCCACAACCUUCUAACAUGAACAUCAUAAUGUCAACAUUCCAAAGGAGGCCAGAGCCCCAGAAUCAGGGUCUAGGAUGCCAGAGAAAGGAUGGAGAGGGAUGCCCAUGAGUCCUGGGAUUUUGUACAAGGGCAAAGGCUAAGGAGCAGGAAAUCAAGUGUGAAAUUCUAUCAACACUGCUGAAUCUGGACACCAUCCUAAGAAUGCCCCACUUCACUAGUUGGAAGGUCUCCCAAGUAAGCAAAAGCUUGACGCCAUAUGACAAUGUCAGAGUCCCCCACGAGAGGAAGGAGGAGGACCUGCCUGCACACCAGCCCUUGCCUGAUGGGCAGACGCGGCCGAGGGGGGAAGGUGUCCAGAUCGCUAAGGACACAGCCGAUGACGAGGCUACCAGGGAAGGCCCGCCUCUCGGCAAAACAGAACCGCGGAAAGACGCCAAGGACUGGAAGCUGCCGAUCCCGCUGGGACCCAUUUAUCCACCGUUAAUCUCGAGUCUGAGCACCACCAAAGCUGUGGGGCGAAGCUGGGACUUGACUCCUCUGAUGGCAAAGAGCUUACGAAUACCUGACGUGCCUGUGGCCUGUGUGCUCCCGAAGGGCCCAUUCUGGUACUCUGUGGACACGAAGGCAGAGAAGAGACUGGCCGGUCGGAAGGAGCGCCGCAGCCGCUUUGGGGACGUCAGCGUGCACAAGCGCUACCAGCUUGGGAAGAUCUUCAGCCCCUUCCAGGCCCUCGCCACCACGGAGAUGCGAACACUGUCGUUUCCCCGAGACCUGCCCACGAAUCCGCACGUGCAGAGAAUGGGCACCCCACGCCCCGCGGAUGGGAACCUCCACGUUCUAUCCCUGUCCUCCACGGAGCCGGGCGCCAGAAAGGAUGACAACAACCCCGCGAAAGAGAAGGCAGCGAGUCACAUUAAAAUGCCUUUAUUCCCCCCAAUAGUUAAAGCAACAAAAUCUAGUGACACGAAAUAAUAAAAAAUUUUAAAACUGCGA